AUGGCGAGAAAGACUAGUACGCCAUUAACUGCUUCCACGGUUCUCUAUGUGGGACAAUUACCAUACGAGUGGGAUGAAAAUAUAAUCAAGUCGGUAGUUUGUGGAUCCGGAAAUGUCGUGGAUGUUAGACUAGGGUUUGACUACGCCGGGAAAAAUAAGGGAUUUUGUUUUGUCGAGUACCAAACACCCCAGGACACUCAGAAGGGAUUACAGCUUUUAAGUCAAAUAAAACUUUUGAAUAACCAGCCAAAUCAAAAAGGUCAAUACAAAAAAUUAAGAAUUGAGUUGUCGAAAGAAGGAUUGAGAUCAAAUGGACCUUCGGAUUAUAAACCAAUAUUAACGUUGGAUAGGAAGCAUUUACCAAAUACAGUCCAGUUGCCUCCGGAGAUGUUAUAUAAUGGUCCGCCAGUUCCUGCUAAUAAUGGAAAUUUGACUCCUACAUCGACGUUCACCCCACCAGUGAAUCAAUUUCAACCUCAAUUAGUGCCACAACAACCGCAGAACAAUCAGUUCAAUAAUGCCGGUUCGCAUAUGCUGUCGAACUAUUUGUCGACAUCGCAAGGGUUACCACAGCCUUCUAAUUUACCAUUUGCCGUUCCAGACAAGAUUAACGAGACAUUAAGUCAGAUCCCACCUGCGCAACUUAUCGAAUUGAUUUCAAAUCUCAAGAGUAUUUUGAGCGGCCCUAAUGCGAACAGGGCAGUGGAUGUUUUCCAAUUAUCACCUCAGUUAGCCACUGCUGCAGCCCAAGCCUUAUUACUCAUGGGGUUCAUAGACGCGGAUGUCAUAUCCGAAUCCAUGAAGUCUACGUCAAACACUCCAGUUUCUCAGCAACAGCCAAUGCAAGCACCAAUGCAGCCUUCAAUGCAAAAUCAGAUGCAUAAUCAAAUGCAUCCUCACAUGCAACAAGUUCCACAACAACCAUCAUUAUCGCAAAUACCCGGUGUCCAACAAAUAUCAAAUCCUUAUGGUCAACUCCAACAACAGCCAUCGCUUCCACCUACGCCGCAAACAUCCAGAUGGCCUCAUUUGCCUCCAGGGACAGUUGCAAAAUUGUCUGCUAUGGCACCGGAUCAAGCAGACUUAAUCGCCCAAGUUUUGUCGUUGCCUGUAGAUCAAAUUCGUUCUUUGCCUCCAGACAAGCAAAUUAUGGUAACCAAUUUAAGAGCUCAAUACUUAUAA